CCUCCUCCUCCCCCCGGAAAGCAGCCCGGCCCACCGCCGCCGGAACAAAAGGGGCGGCCGAAGGUGGCGGCGUGGCCGCGCCCGCUGCUCCCGUCGCUCCGCCACCAUGUCCGCCAGCGGCGGCAGCUCCCCCGGCAAUGCCGUGAAGAAGCGGAGCCCGGCCGGCUCGGCCGCCUCGCUGCCGCAGGAGGAGGAGAAGCAGGCGAUGGAGAAGAUGCUGGAAGGGGCGCAGGAGAACGGCUGUGCCCGCUCGCCAUCGCCCUGCGGCUCGGCGGAGGGGGUGACCCUGAAGCGGAACAUCACCCUGCUCAACGGCGUGGCCAUCAUCGUGGGCACCAUCAUCGGCUCCGGCAUCUUCGUCACCCCCACGGGCGUGCUGCGGGAGGCCGGCUCGCCGGGGCUCUCGCUCGUGGUCUGGGCCGUGUGCGGCGCCUUCUCCAUCGUGGGCGCGCUGUGCUACGCCGAGCUCGGCACCACCAUCACCAAGUCCGGGGGGGACUACGCCUACAUGCUGGAGGUGUACGGCUCCCUGCCCGCCUUCCUCAAGCUCUGGAUAGAGCUGCUCAUCAUCCGGCCUUCCUCGCAGUACAUCGUGGCUCUGGUGUUCGCCACCUACCUGCUCAAGCCCAUCUUCCCUACCUGCCCCGUGCCCGACGAGGCUGCCAAGCUGGUGGCCUGUCUGUGUGUCCUGCUGCUGACAGCUGUGAACUGCUACAGUGUCAAAGCUGCCACCCGUGUGCAGGACGCCUUUGCUGCGGCCAAGCUGCUGGCGCUGGCUCUCAUCAUCAUCCUGGGCUUCGUGCAGCUGGCAAAGGGUGAUGUGGAAAACCUGACCCCUGAGAAAUCCUUCGAGGGCACCAAGGUGGGCGUUGGGAACAUCGUGCUGGCUCUGUACAGCGGCCUCUUUGCCUAUGGAGGAUGGAAUUACUUGAAUUUUGUGACAGAAGAGAUGAUAAAUCCCUACAGAAACCUGCCCCUGGCUAUCAUCAUCUCCCUGCCUGUGGUCACGCUGGUGUAUGUGCUGACCAACUUGGCUUACUUCACCACGCUGAGCACCGAGCAGAUGCUGACGUCCGAGGCCGUGGCCGUGGAUUUUGGGAACUACCACCUCGGUGUCAUGUCCUGGAUCAUCCCUGUCUUUGUUGGGCUCUCGUGCUUUGGGUCUGUCAAUGGAUCUCUUUUCACUUCUUCCCGGCUGUUCUUCGUGGGAUCCCGAGAGGGGCACCUGCCUUCCAUCCUGUCCAUGAUCCACCCCCGGCUGCUCACCCCCGUCCCGUCCCUCGUGUUCACGUGUGUCAUGACCCUGCUCUAUGCCUUCUCCAACAACAUCUUCUCAGUCAUCAACUUCUUCAGCUUCUUCAACUGGCUGUGUGUGGCCCUGGCCAUCAUUGGGAUGAUGUGGCUGCGCUACAAGAAGCCAGAGCUGGAGAGGCCCAUCAAGGUGAACAUCUGCCUGCCCAUCUUCUUCAUCCUGGCCUGCCUGUUCCUCAUCGCCGUUUCCUUCUGGAUGACGCCCAAGGAGUGUGGGAUCGGCUUUGCCAUCAUCCUCAGUGGGAUCCCCAUUUACUUCUUCGGGGUCUGGUGGCAAAACAAGCCCAAGUGGGUUCUCCAAGGCAUCUUCUCCACCACCGUGCUGUGCCAGAAGCUGAUGGAGGUGGUUCCUCAGGAAUCCUAGGCAGGACAAGCAGGGACUCUGAGCUCGAGGAAACGCACAAGGUUAUUCUGAGAUGACACAAGGAUCUGACCCCUCACUCCCCAGUCCCAGGCACCAGAGCUGCCUCCUGCUGCCACCACUGCCCCGAGGCUCUGCUCACCUCCUGCAGCCCCUCCAGCGCCUCCCAGCCCUGCAGAGCAGCCAGAAGUCCUUGGUACGAGCCAGGAGGAGGAAUUCCAAAGGGCACUUCCAGGGGCGUGCUGCCUGUGCCCUCUGAGUGUGUGUGAGGGCUGUGCUUGGCUCUGGGGGCUCCUUUGCUUUGGCUCUGGGAUCUGCUGGAGCCUGAUUUGAGUGUUCAGAGUGCCUGGGGGGGGCUGGGGCUGCCACAGAGCCCUGGGGGGGUCCUGAGCUGCCUUACCUGGCCCAGGUGGGGGUGGGAAGCAGAGGUUGGCUGAUGUUGUCUCAUUCCCCCAAAGUCACACCCCCAUGUGCUGCUGGACACUGGACGUGGGGGACUCUGAGUGUCACUGUGCUCCUCACUCAGAGCCCUGCCACCCUUUGGAUCUGGGUCACCACUCUCAGAUCCAAGGCAGCUCCCUGCUGCUGAGCCAGUCCUGCAGGAUGUUCUUCCCCACAGUGCCCAUCCCUGGGAGUGAGCACUGAGGGGGGAGUUCCUGCUGAGAACCCCAGGAGCUGCAGUCAGCAUCCAAGUCCUUGGCUUGCUCAUUCCAUGCUUUUCUGUGCCAGGCUUUCAUCCAGCAUGGCAUGAGCAGCUCUGUGCUCUCUCUCAUGGCUCUGCUCAGGGAGCCAUGUUUGCCCCUAAAUCACCUGCAGAGAGAAAUAAGGGGUGGGACAUUCCCUGGGGUCUCUCUGUGCACUGCUGGCACUGUUCCCUUUGUCCUGCUGUGUUUCCUCUGGAAUGUGUCACGGAGAUGGGACCAGCUGGCUCUGGGCUGUGGAGAAGGACAGAUGUCCUGGCUGGCUGGAGCCUCCUCGGGCUGCUGGAGAUCAUGGAAUGGUUGGGUGGGAAGGGACCUUACAGCCCAUCCAGUGCCACCCCUGCCAUGGACACCUCCCACUGUCCCAGGCUGCUCCAAACCCUGUCCAGCCUGGCCUUGGGCACUGCCAGGGAUCCAGGGGCAGCCACAGCUGCUCUGGGCACCUGUGCCAGGACCUGCCCACCUCUGAGUAAUGAGAUUUAGCUCUGCUCUAAGGAGCAGGGCCUGGGCCUGAUCCUCCUUUGUGCAUCAGGUCUGGCUUGAUGAGAUCCCAGCACCACCCUCCUGUUCCAGGAGCAAUCCCUGAGCACAAUCCAUGGUCUGCAUGUGAAAUCCUGGUUUGCUGUUGUGGGUGGUGCCAUCCCAUCCCUGAGCACCUCAGAAUUCCUGUAGUUCCCAAGUAGUCAGCACUGUCCCGAGGGACACGUUGCUUUCUUUGCUCCAAAGUGUCACCUUUUGGAAAGCUGCAGUUCCUGAACCAUUUGCUCAUUGUGCCUCUGUGCUCUGACAUCACCUGGAAUUCUGAUCUUUCCCCACUGGAGCUGCUUUGCUGUCUCUGUUGCAGAUCUUUGUGCUCGUGCUUUGUGCAGGUGGCUUGGUGAACUAUUCCCCAUUUUGUUUUAAUCUUGGCCGUUGGGAAGCCAGGGUGCUCCAGGAGCUGUCACUUCCCACUGGAUUCUCCUUGCAGCAGAGUUCUGUGGGUUGAAGGGGCAUUAAGGACACCCUGGUGCUCACUCACUUUGUGCUGGGAAGUUCUGCAGCUGUGCUGGGGCAGGGGCAGCUCCUGCCCAGCUCUGUGGCCGUGUCCAGGUGCAGCUCCACACUCCCACUUUGCCAGCCCCGUGUCCUGCUCCGAGGCAGGAACAGGGGAGACAAUCAGCUCUUUAUUCCAUGGCAGCUGGGGUGGAGAUUCCCAAAUCUGCUCAGUGACAGUGUGGAGAUAUCCAGUGACAGUGUGGAGAUUCCUAAUCCAGCUCAGUGACAGUGUGGAGAUUCUCAGUGUCAGUGUGGAGAUUCCCAGUCCAGCUCUCUGGGAGCUGAGUUAAUCCAUGAGGAUUUGCAGCUGCUUUGGGAAUAUCCAGGGGGCAGACCCCAAGAUUUUUGGCCGGUGCAAUGAGUUGGAGCAUCUCAGAUCCAAUGCCAGUGGAGAGGCUUUGGCAUAAAUAAGGUCAUGAAUCACAAAACCUGAACUCGAGUUUUGGCUUCUUCCAGCUGAAGGCUGAGAUGGUUUUGAGCAGUGAUGGGAAAUCACAGCUCCUGCUGGACCUGCUCCAUGGAGAGAGGACCUCAAUCUGUCACUUGCCACUCAAGGUGCAGGUUUUUUUGGCUGUGAGGUUCAGGGCAGCUCCUGCAGGGCCUGGGUUCAGCGUGGGGGCUCUCAGUGUCAAAACCCACCAGCAGAAUUCCUUGGGAUGCAAAGCAAAGGCAUUGGAAUCUCGGCCACCUCAACCCAAAGUCAGCUCCCUCCACAGAGAGCUCAGGUAUGGGGCCAGGCCUCCCAAAGGCUGGCUGGGGCACAUUGUCCAUCAGGUGAUGACCAUCACAGUGUCCUCCUGGUGACCCUUUCACACUGCUUUGAAAGAGGAGCUGUCACACUAAAAAGUAUUUUUUAAGCAAUCAACGGAUUUUAAUUAAAUCCUUAACUGGCUUGCUUUGCUUUUCGUGAAUUUCCAUAAUUUCUCACUUGCUGCUGAAGAUUUUCUCUUGUAUUAACCUGAGGCUCUGAUCCCACCUCUGGGCACCUCAUCAGCAUCUCCUUGGCAGUAGAGGUUUAGGAAGAAACUGAACCAGGUACCAGCACAGAGCCAUAAAAAGGCUGAAUUUGGUCAGCCACAGCUCACAUCUCAAAGUUGAUCUGCCAAAAAGCUGAUUUCUUUCACCCUGGAGUCAUUGAUCCCCCAUAGCUGCCCUCCACCAGAGCUUGGUGGCACGGCUGGAAGAGCUUGGGUUGGUUUUUCCUGGAGGUUUGGGAGAUCCUGAGGAAUGGGGUAAAACUGAAUUUCAUUUUAGAAAGAAAAGGCCACAAGUAGUUUCUGCUAUCAUGGAAAUGGCUGCCACAGCCUCUGCUGUCUGCUUGGCAGCUUUUCCCUUGGAUCAGCAACAUCUGCCCCCAGCUUCUGCUGUUCUGAUGGGUUUGGGUGUGGGAAAGGGAGAAUUCACCCCUGGGAAAGACCUUGCUGCUUGUUUUCCUCAGACAUGGAGUGAGAUGUGUCAGGGAGGGCAGGGGAGUGACAGAGUUCCCAGUUUCCCAUCACUGCCAGCACCGGAGGUGGGAUUUUCCCUGUUGUGCUCUUUGGAGCCUGUGGUCAGGCAGGGAGGGAGAUGAACCCCCCCACCAGGAUCCUGCAGCCACAGUGACCUACAGGAGGUUCCACAGAAAUCUGUUCCAUUGGCAGCUCCCUGCAAGUCCUGCUGGGGCUGCUCUGUCCAUGGAAUUCAGGUUGGAAAAGACCUUGCAGGUCAUGGAUCUCAUGGCUGUGCUGUGAUCCUGUGCUCCUGAGCUGGCCCCAGCUUCCAAUUCCUGCUCCCCUCCAGUCGUUCUGAGUUCAGGCUCCCAGGCUGGCAGAUGUUGUUUGGGCUGUUCACAGAAUUGCAUCCCGCAGGGAUUGCUAAACAGAGCAGGAGCUGCUGGCCAGGCACUUCCAUACCCAUUGGGUUCCUCUUUCUAAAUGAACCCUUCCUCCAGCUGGGAGGGGAACCAGCCCUGCAAGAACCAGGGGGAUUUAUGUCAUCGUGAUGGACUUUUAAUGAUUUUUUUUUUAAAACUUCCUGCAGAAUUUGCAGUGGUUUCCAUCUCAGACACCAUGUUCUGGUAAACAGGCUUUUGUUUGGAACGGCCCCCUUGGUGGUCACAGAGUUCAAAGGGACUCUGCCACAGUUGAACAAACUUUAAAGGCCCUUCAGCUGGAUUGGAACUCCUGGGAAGUGGCUUUGUUGCUGUCCAAGUCCUCUCCCAGUGGGUGGCUCAGGCAAGGGAGUAAAUUGGGUUCCUCCAGGGGCUGCUCCGUGGUGAGUCCAGGCAGGGGCAGUGGGGCUGUUCCCUGGAGCUGUGACUUCCCAACCCUGGAGGGAUAUUCCCAGUGGCAGAGUCCUGGUCUGGCUGCAGGGAAUCCCAGGGAAUGUUUCCACUCAGUCUGGGAAGGUACCUGUGCCUUCAGCUCUCGGGCUUUAAUAGAAAAUCCAAUUGCAAAACAAAUCCUUGAGGAAAUUGCCAAAUCGGUUGUCCUUACACAACUUGGGCUGCUCCCAUGGGAUGCCAGCUCUUCCUCCAUCCACUCUGCAACCUCCUGAUGUGAAAUUGGGAAAUGGCUGGAACAAAGAAGCUCCUGGAGCUUGGGAAAGGGCAGCCCCAGGGCAGGGUGGCUCCAGGCUGGUGCCCUGGCUGGGACCCCAGGGAUUGAAUCCCAGCCUGUGCCUCAGCCAGAACCAGCCACGCCUGGUGCCAAGGAGGGAGAUCCUGCAGGGCUGGGAAUCUGCUCCUCCAUCCUGCAGGGCUGGAAAUCUGCUCCUCCAUCCUGCAGGGAUGGGAAUCUGCUCCUCCAUCCCUGCAGGGAUGGGAAUCUGCUCCUCAUCCCUGCCAGAACAUCCUGGAGACCUCGGUGCUGAGGGAAGCUCCAGGGGCUCCUCAUUCUGGGUGUCUCCUUGAGGAGUUACACCCAGGAUUGUGCUGGCUUUGCCUGGGCUCGAGUUCUUCCCAGUUGGAACUGGAACUGGAACUGGGUUGGGAACGUGUGGGGGAUGCUGCUGAGCUCCCAUUUGAUGAUGCAGUGGUAGGAAACGUGGCUCGGGGUCGGUGAUCCCAAAGGAUCCCAUGUCCAGAGGAUUAUUCCUUGCCUGAGAUGGGGUGUUGCUUCCUCCAGCUGUGGAAGUGGUAAUGAGUAAAAAUAAAAAGUAUUUUUUUAAACACUGAAUUAAUUUCUAAACUGCCUAAAAGAGACUUUAUAGCUACACCUGAGUUCCUCCCCAGGGCUGACGUUGAGCCCAGCACAGGGGCUCCCUCAUCCCGGGGUGUGGCUGUGCUGGAUCCACGGCAGGCAGGGGAAACACCUCCUGGUUUGUUCAGAGGAUGGGGCAGGUCCAUGUCCCACCAAAAUCCUUGGAGAGGGAGGAUCCUGAGUGGUUCCCAGACCUCGCUCCCACCCUCAGAACAAAGGGAGGGUGACCUUCACUCCCUGUGGAGAAUCUGACUUUUCAGACACUUUGCUUUGUAUUUUUGUUGGUUUUUUUAAACACAGAAAAAAUGAAAGCUCUUAACACACACAAGAAAACCUGAACCUGAUUUACAAUUUUGUUAUAUUUGGUUGCUUUAAAAAACCUGUUUUACUAAUUUAAAUAUAUCUGUAGAUGACACUAUAUUUAUUUGAAAGGGGUAAAUAUCUUUUAGUCUUAAUUCUUCUCCACUAAGUGCUGUGUAUUCCCAAUGUUUGUGUUCCUGGCAGCACAGCAAUUCCACUGACUGAGGGCUGGGCAGCCAGCAGCUCCUGAAUCCAAUGGCCUUGGACAACAAGAUGUCUCUUGCAAUGUAAUUUUUUUUUUGGGUAGUAUUUCUUGAUUCUUUUAUGUCUGUGGUUUAACAAAUCUGUUCAAUAUUUGGGUUGUUCUAUGUUUUGGGUUGUUUUGUUUUGUUUUUUUUAACAAAGAAAGCUGAAUUACAACACUCUGGUUGCUGG